UACGUCGAGAAAGGGAGCCAUAUGAAGAAGGUCGUCGCCGUCGGAAAGCGCGCUGUGAGUGGGCGGGAUUUCCGCCGAGGUUUUGGGUGACCCUUCGGCGUCCUUCUGGGGAAGCGGAGCGAGGCUUGAGGGAGAUUUGCGGCGAUGGGGUGGCAGGAUGAGAAAGCGCUGGAGGGCCGGAGCGGGGACCCCGAGGAGGAGGAGGAAGAAGAGCUUGUGGAUCCUUUAACUACUGUCAGGGAGCAUUGUGAACAGAUUGAGAAAUGUGUGAAAGCUCGGGAACGUUUAGAGGAGUGUAAUGCUCGAGUGUCAUCCAAGUCCCAUACAGAGGAGAAGUGUACAGAAGAACUCUUUGACUUCUUACAUGCUAGAGACCAUUGUGUAAGUUUGUCUCAGAAUAAUUUCUAAGUGUGAACAGUAUUUUGUCGCCAAAUACUUUAUUUAUCCAGUAUUGAGCCUCAGACACUUUACUGAAUGUCAAUAUAGACUGAAUGACUGAAUUGAAGUACUAUUUUGACAUUUAUCUUGUGGGUGUGGAAUUACACUGUCAGCUUCAUAAGAGAACGUAUAUUCUCGAAUUUGUCCUUUAUUAGUUUUUUAGAAGUGUUACUAUUAAUGAUUUCAUUUCUACACAGCAUUAUAUUUUAAAGGGAAAAUCUCAAAAGCGGUUUACACCACAUUAAAAGAUCAAAUAAAACAAUCCAGAAUAAAACAUUACUGAAGAAGGUAAAAUAUAAGGUAUACAUUCAAAGCAACAUUGCUAAGAGGAAACUAAGUUAUUCUCUUUUUAAUAUUCUUUAUUAAAAAUACAAAGAAUUAUAAGACAAAAGAAGAAAAACUAGAAAAAGGAAACUUAUAAACUUACAAGAUUGUUAUAACAAUAUCCUAAAAUAGUAUUGUAGAUUUCAAAAUAAAACAUUACAAAGGAGUGUUGUGUAAUAACGAUGCAGAGGUUUGUGAAAGAUUGGCUUGUUGCUUCUAAAGUACAUUUUCCUGUAACCAGCUUUCUAGGUUGUAAGUAGGCAAGAAUAUAUUGUGCAAGAAUGCAGUUGGCUCCCAGAGGGAGCAAAACAGUAGCCCUCCUCAGGUGUUAUAUUGAAUAAAACAUGUGCUAGCUUUGCCCUCCAUACCAUUUGAUUGCUUGCGGGAGUUGAAAGAUGAAUUCCUGAAGUGUGGAGCCUUCUGCACUGUGUGCAUUGUAGAACACUGGUUUUCCAUGGUUCUGAAAUGUGUGUGGAGUCUCGACAAGUACAGGAGGCUCCCCGUUUCAAAAGUUCACCCUCUCCAAAUUGGUGGGAGAUGGGAAGAGUUAAGGGACAGAGCUAGUACACUCACCCCAGCUUUCCCCAUCACAUAUUUAUCUUGGGUAUAAUGCCUAAAGAAGGCUAUUAGGACUAAUGUAUGUGUUGCUAAAGAAGCUCCUGUUAUAUAAUUUGUUCAUCUUUUGGUUUUCCAGGUGGCUCAUAAGCUCUUCAGCAAAUUGAAAUAAAUGUUAAUAUAAGCCUGUGUCCUCCUCAUGCAUAGCUGAUGAAAACCUGAGUCUGUUCAGUUUGAGUAAACAUGCAGCUCUGGACGUGUGAUAUGAAAGUGAAUGCAACUAGCUCUAUGGUAAUUCUGGGAGAAUUUAAGAGUUGUCAUCAGGAUACAUCUGUUAUGUAGAAGAUUUGCGGCUGCUUAACAAAGUGUUUCUGUAGACUUCUGAUAUUAAAGAUAUUUCCUGUCAAAUGUGAAAA